AUGCGAUCCGAUAAAACAGAUGAAUCUGGAGAAAAGACUGUAAACCAGCUGCUAUGGGUUUACCUGCUGGUGUCGGCAUCACUGUCUCUUGCCUGGGGUUUAGGGGUAUGGGGAUGCUCGUUCCUCUGGGUUUUCAUUGUCAUUGCAGCAUUGUUUGUCGUCUGGAAGACGAAGCUCACUAACAUUGUGAAGAGGCACCUAGCAAAGGAAGAGCAACGGAUACACAGGAAAAAAGCGCUGAGACAGAGUGAAUCGCUUGAGUGGCUCAACUUCGUUUUUAACAGAUGGUGGGUGUUCAGCUCCAAUAAUCUGGAGGAACUGAUCAAGAAAAGAAUUGAUGAAAGAUUACAGACAGUGAAACCAGGAUGUUUGGAUAAAAUGGAAUUGCUAUCAUUUACGUUUGGUGAUAAGACACCUGCAUUUAAGUAUGUGAGAGCAUUUGAGUACUCUGAAGGAGUCCCAGGGGGCCACAAACCAGUGAGCUGGGUGAGUGUGCACUCCCCACCUUGUGGCCUCGAAAAGAUGUCAAAUUACCAAGUAGUGCUUCAGGCGGAAGUCGAUACAGCAUGUGAGGAUUUCAGGAUGGUGUUCAGAUCAACCAUUGGUAAAGCAAGAAUGGGUCUUAGCUUUGACAUGUCUGUCGAGAACCUGUUUGUCAAGGGCAACCUCCAGAUCAUUCUACACAUGUCAAUGGAUGUUCCAUUCCCACAUGUCACCAAGGCAACUAUCAUGUUCACAGAGCUACCAGAGGUUUCAUUCAGUGUAAAUGUUUUAAAACAAUUAGAUAUCAUGCAAGUUCCACUCAUCAAAUCCUGGUUACAAGCUAAUGUGAUGGAGGGCCUCACAAAGGCCCUUGUUGACCCGGGGUUAAUUGACAUUCCCGUAGCCAAGGUCGGUCCCAUACAAAUCAUGAAGAAAUCUGAUGCACCAGACAGAUUAGCUCAAGGAGUGCUUACUGUUUUGAUCAAAGGUAUUCCCAAACCAACAUCUAAAAAAGCUGUACCAGACACAGAGGAAGUGCGGUAUACAAUGAUAAAAGUAGGAACAAAGAAACGUCAGACUUACGAUGUCAUGGCAACAGAGGAAUGGGAAGAUAUCUGUUCCAUGUUGGUCUACUCUCUAAACAAAGACAAGAUUGUAGUGAAGAAUAAGUGCCGUCGUUUGUUGACUAACAUCACCAUGGAUUACCAUGAAAUUCUGCUGAAUUCUUUACCUUUAGAAAUGGAGAAAAAUGUUUCUACAUCCCUAACAAACAAAGAUGGCAGCAAACAUGAACUGAAGUUACAGUACACCCCCCUCACUUAUAUAGAUAUGGAUGUAACCAACGCUGAUCCUCCUCAACUAGACUCCCAUGAGAUGGCAGGUGUGAUGUUUGUAUGUGUCCACAGUGCAGCAGGAGUGAUCGCCGCAGACAAAAGUGGUACAUCAGACCCAUAUUGUGUGGUGUUUUGUGAUAGACGCCGGGUUAUGACAACUCCCUAUAUUCCUCGUACACGAAACCCUUACUGGGAGAAAUCUGUGGAAUUCUUUACUGGAGAUUACACAAAGAUGAAUCUGUCAUUUUAUGUGUUUGACUGGGAUGGCAGUAAUACCAUUGAUGAUGACUUUCUGGGAUCUGCUCACCUGUCACUUAAAGAGGGUGAGAGUGGAUUCCUGAAGAAAGGCGUUACCCUUGGCUACAACAAGCGGUCAGAAGGUUAUAUUACCGACUCCGCCUUCGGACAAAUCACCAUAUCUGUUGUCUUUCGACCAAUAUCUUCUGUUGCUAAGUCAGAGAGGUACCGCCUGGUCAGUAGUGGUGCUCCCCAGGACUACCUGUACACAGAGGACCUGGUGUCACCUUCUUCUGUUGGAGGCGGCCCAGGGGACCCACAGAGAUCAAAGUCAGUUGCUGGUUCACAAGACUUCCCUGAUGAUAAGAUCCUGGUAGACUUGACCAUAUUACAGGCAGAGAACCUCAUGGCUAUGGACAGAAACGGUUCGAGUGAUCCAUUCUGUGAAGUGUUGCUUGCCAACAAGAAAAUAUUUAGGACCUCAGUCAAAAAGAACAUUUUGUUUCCUAAAUGGAAUGAGAGCACAACCUUUGAGGUGGCAGAUGAUACUCAGAACAUUGAAAUUAAUUUGUAUGACAAGGAUGUGUUUUCCAGAGACUUCCUGGGGAAAGUGAUGUUGACUAUGGAUAAACUCAAAGAAAUCUCCUACAAGGCUAAACCAGAAUGGCUGACUUUGGGGAGAGCUAAACAUGGCCGUAUCCAGAUCAAGUGUACUGUGACUAGCAAAGAGACAAUCGAAGCACAGAAGAAGAGUGAGAAGGGAGAAAACCCAAAGAAAUCAAGUGUACCUACCACGCCCCCUACUGACGAUGAGGUCUUUGAGAAGCCAGAUUUACCUACCAUGUCUAACCCUCCAGCUGUUGUGACAGUAACCCCUCCCAAUGGUACCCCUGACAUGACAGCUGUAUCAGAACAAGUUAUCCCAGGGAAGAUGGAGAAGCUCCAGGCAGCCAGGCCAUCACAACCCACUCAGAACUCCAGCAUUGCUACACUUCCACGGACAGGACGAAAGGCAUCGGAACAGAACUCUGGGAAUGGUGGACUACACAGAUCUGUUUCUGAUGUCAACAUGAAUAAACGAAGGUCAUCCCAUGGUCAUACUCUUUCAGCUGGCUCAGGAUUGAGGCACUCAGACUCGACAAAUUCUUUUGCCGCCCUGCACCAUGGGGAUAAUAUAUCUAUGGGUAACAGCUGCAAAAUCACAAACCGUGACAAAAAGGAGAAAUGUACGACAGACAGCAGUGUCGCUGGUGUGGAACGUAUUUACAGCGUGUCUGGACGUCUCCUCCGUGUCAGAGGACUGUCACUCCCUGACACUGCCAGUAUCUACUGUAAAGUGCGAGUUCACAAUCCUAGUCAACGUCUUCGAUUGCUGUCCGGUAGCAGGGUCAUUGCCAAGUCAUCAAUGGUCAAGGUCACAGAUCCCCUUCUAAACAUCACAUUUGAGAUUGACCGUGGAGCAGGUGUGAAUGUAGACACUGUUGUCAUAUUGGAUAUCAAACUGGACCACAAGGAACAUGUAGCUCAGCAAUCAUUUACAUUGGAAUACCUUUUCAGAGAUUAUGAGGAGGGAGGGGUCCAGAAAUGGCUGCCCCUGUCCAAAGGUGUGUCUGUGGAAGUAUUUUUGACCAAGGGCAAACCUAACCCUCGUCUAGUCAACAGGAAGGCUGCUCGGUUUAACAAAUCAUGGUCAUUUAGGAAAGAAAAAAUGCAUUAGUUUUGUUUUUGAUUCAGAGCCAGGAUGGAUA